AUGGCCAGAGGGAAUCAAAGGGACAAGGCUCGUGAGGCUAAUCAGAAGAAGCUUGCUGAUCAGAAGAAAGGCAACACUAUGUCUGGAUCGGAGAUGCAACGCGAGAAGGAGAAAGUCGCAGCAAAGAUGAGAGAGAAGCAAGCCGCAGCCGACGCAAAGAAGGCCGCUGAAGCCGCUGGCAAGAAGUAA